AUCUGUGGCGAGGGUUUGGCGCGAGUGGGAGAGCAAGCGCGGCGGGACGCGGCAGGCGCGAACGGCUCUCGUGUCCCCGACCGACCGCGCGCCCGGAGAGGGAGCCGAGCCGAGCCUGGUGAGGGGCGUUCCCGUGAGGGCGGUCGGCAUGGCGCUCUCGGUGCCGGUCAACGGCAUGAAGGAGGAGGGCGGCGGCGGCAAGGAGCCCCUCAUCGAGCUCUUCGUCAAGGCUGGCAGUGACGGUGAAAGUAUAGGCAACUGUCCCUUCUCUCAGAGACUCUUCAUGAUUCUGUGGCUCAAGGGAGUGGUAUUUAGCGUCACAACAGUGGACUUGAAAAGGAAGCCUGCAGACCUUCAGAACCUGGCUCCAGGAACACACCCGCCCUUCAUAACAUUUAAUAACGAAGUGAAAACUGAUGUGAACAAGAUUGAAGAGUUCCUUGAAGAAUUCCUCUGCCCACCCAAGUAUGCAAAGCUUUCAGCAAAAUAUCCAGAAUCAAAUACUGCUGGAAUGGACAUCUUUGCUAAAUUUUCAGCAUUCAUCAAGAAUUCCAGACCUGAAGCAAACGAAGCCUUGGAGAGGGGCCUUUUGAAAACUCUGCAGAAGCUGGAUGAGUACUUGAAUACUCCCCUCCCAGAUGAGAUUGAUGAGAACAGCAUGGAAGACAUCGCUGCCUCUAUGCGCAAAUUCCUGGAUGGUGAUGAGAUGACGCUAGCAGACUGCAACUUGUUGCCCAAACUACAUAUUGUCAAAAUUGUGGCCAAAAAGUAUCGUAACUUUGAUAUUCCCAAGACCAUGACGGGCAUCUGGAGAUACCUGAAGAGUGCCUACAGCCGUGAUGAAUUCACCAACACUUGUCCAGGGGACAAAGAGAUUGAAAUCGCCUACAGCGACGUAGCUAAAAGACUCACUAAAUAAGCAUCAUUUCAUGUGUAUAAGGAAAAGCUUUUUUUAACAGACUGCUCUCUUUUUUGUCUUUUAAGAUAGCAGUUUACUUUGCAUGUACCUUGCAGUUAAUUCAGUGCUACACUGGGCAGACCAGGUACCAUCAUUUGUUUUUCUCUUUUUUUUUUUAAUGCAAAUUUAUAUGACACUGCUUACUUGUUUUGCUUCCUGUAAAAGGGCAACCGCAGCCAUUAAUAUGGCAGUGAAACAAUUCUGGAAUCUGCCCCCCACCCCAAAAAAAAAAAAUGUUGAGUGGUCCAGAGCUUUCUAUCAUAGUGUGCAGGUUCUGGACUCAGUGCUAGUCUCAGAGCCAGUUCAUAUUGACAGAAGAACCAAAUAAUCAGACUUUCUCCUGGACUGAACCACCAGAGGCGGGCGGGUGGGGGAGAAUAUGUAGUUGAAUACCAUUUCCAUGUUAAACCCACACACAGACAAUAGGGAAGCUGGUCCCGUCUACCUUCCUCUAAAGUAGCAUUUUUAGAUGCAGGGACUUACUAAGAUACGCUGUGGUGAUUCAGCAUAGGGAAGGCUUGAUGUCUUGAUAGUACUACCUUUAUAAACCGCCCUUCGGAUCUCAUAUGGAACCUUGGUUUAAGGGGAUGAGCUUCUUGGUGGUUCAACUACCAUUUUUUGCAUUUUGGAGGGAAGCUUAAGUUUUCUAAGGAGCUGUGCCUGUCAGUCUGUCUACACCAGAAGCUCUGCAGGCCUCAACGAAAAGAGUUGUUGGCAGAACCCUUUGGCAGGUUUUUGGAACUGUUUACCAUCAGCUAAAUGACACUUUGGAAUGAGCUCAGGCGCCAGGACUGUGGCCUACUCAGAUUUUGCUCUGGCAGGGAGAAGGAAGGUGAAUGGGAAAUACAUGUUCACUGCGUAUAUUCUUGCACAGGUCCAGUGUUUUGUUCUGACCUUCUGAUCGGUGUUUCUCAACCUUGGCAACCUUAAGACGUGUGGACUUCAACUCCCAGAAUUCCCUAGCCAACCAUGCUGGCUGGGGAAUUUUGGGAGUUGAGGUCUUAAAAGUUGCCAAGUUUGAGAAGCACUGCUCUGGAUGGUCAGCUCAGAACCUGGUAGUGCUCUUUGGAAGCUUGGUAUCCCUAUAAAAAAUGAAACAAAUUCCCAGGCUAUAACAGCAAGAGGUUUCUUUUUAGGGCAAUAAGGUAUUUUCAGUAUGCAGAAUUUAUUAAGUUGCAGUCAAAAGCUGUGCUGUCCGACAGGCUAGAGAAGCAGGUGGUUCUUACUCAAGGAGUAGCUACCCGUAGCUUCUUACCUAGAACUGCACAGGGACAUCCACAGGGAGGGUGAUCAAAGCUGCCAAAGUGGUCGCCACAACUGUGCGAUUGAGGACCCUCCCCCCCUUAUAAAUGCAUUGGGAUGCACGUAAACAAGAGGUAAGGCUUUGAUUGUGUGGUUCUGGCAGCCAUCUUGACUUCCUUCACCAUCCUCCCCACAGAAGUGCAGCAGCUUGGUGGCUGAGGUGCAUCCUCCUUGCUUUGCUAAGGUUAGAAUCCUGCUAGGUUCCUUUUUUUAAUUAUUUUUAAUUUUCAGGCAAGCGUUCUUUAAAAAUCAGCUUGUUUGCCUUAACAGACAACCUGCAUAAUUCUUGCACUGUGAUCCUUCCUGUGAAGCGAGCCAAGUGCCUUUCCAGCCCUUUUAUUAGGGUCGUCUUACAUUGUGAUUUGUCUGUCCCUUUCCUCUGUAUUUCGUAAUUGUUCAUGCCACAAUCGUGGUACGUUAAAAGGUCAGUUGUGUUUCUUUCCACCUAUAACAGCAUCACGGAAUAAUACUGUAAUUUAAUUUUAAAAGAGCAAGACCCCAAUAAAUUUGAUUUUCUUCCAUUAAAAAAGGCCAGUGCUUGAGGCAUGGAGUGACUUUUCUGUUUUCUUUAAAUGCUAUGAAAAGUAAGCUCCAAAGAACAGUCUUGCUGAUGUGGUGGGGUGUUUUUUUUUUUGGUAACUUUUAUAUUGAUGUGUAUGCUUUUUUCCCUCCAAAUGCAAAUUAUCUGAUUGUUUGGCUUAUCUAGAUGUUUGGGAGUAUCCUUCAUUUUAAGCUUAUGUUGAGCAGUCUUCCACAUACUUGCAGAGCACCAAGCCCCACUGAGUUCAUUAUGAUUUAUCAUUGAGGAAACUUGCACAGAAAUACAGGAAUACAUGUUAAUUUAGUUUUUAAUUCAGCUAGUUUAACUUGGGAACAUAGAAGAGGAACUGAACACCUCUUUGGUAAGGCACCUGACAUCAAAGAUUUUUUCCUAGGCAUCAAGUCUUACCAUAUAACUGGGGAUUUUUUUUUAAUUAAUGAAAAAGUUAAGUCAUGAAUAGCUUUAUAUGCAUUACUUAUUUUUGGCAGUGUCUUCCCACACCUUCUAAAGUGUCCCAAAUUGGCAAAAUCUGGGGAUAACAUGCUCACAAAAUGUGGCUCCCAAAUUAUUGUACAGUGUGGCAGAAUUUAAAGGAAAAGAGUUACCACUUUUAAAUUUGCCACUUAAAUUUCAGAGACUGAUACUUCCCUACUGCCUUUGAUUCAGUGGACUUGCAUGGUCUUAACUUUCCAUAAGGAGAUAGCAAAGGGGUAGAACUGCAGCAUGUAAUCUGGCUGGGGCUCUUAAGUGGCAAGUAGUGGCUAAUGCAGCUGUAAGUCUGAAUAAUAUCUGCCCCAGUUUUCCUUCCUAUCACCUUUCUUGGCAAAUUGAAAAUUCAGCUGGUGUGAAAGCAUCUCUUAGACUGAAUGUGUUUCAAUGCACCUGUAUGCCAGAAGAGAAUCCUGGUUGUGUUUUGGAGAAGCUGCACACUGGGGCUUGCAGCCUUUUCCUCUCCCUUUCCUGCCACCACUGAACAGGACAGGAAUGUUUUGUUUUGCCUGAACGGAGGUAUUUUGAUUUUGGGCACCUUCCUAAGCUGUUGGUGUACAAGCCAGAGCUUGUUCUUGGCUUGAUUUGGUCACCCAAACUAGAGCAACUCACUCAACCAGUGGUGUACCUGCUCUGUGUAGCUGGCUCAGUUGCCCACACAGAUCAGGGUGCAUAUGUGCUUAUUUGGGUGAUGGGCCACAUGGACCAAAGCAUUUAUUUUUUCCCUGAAUAAAUUGAGAAAGGGGUGGGGUGGAAAGAAGCCAGACCGAAGAAGAGAGAGGGAGGUCCAUUCAAAUGCAGUAGAAGAAAUUAACUUGUUUAGUUUUUCAAAUAAAUAGCCUUACCCAGAUGGGCUUUCUGGAAGGUUGAAAGGACCCAGGCUUGGCUUGGCUGCUACUGCAAGUGGGGUUGCGCUGAACCUGUCGAAGAGGCUUCUGCUUCUGCUUGAGCCUGUAUUAUGUGUGGGGAGGUGGGCGUCUGCCAUUAAAGUUCUAGGACCCACAUAGAACUGCCCAAUUUUCAUUAAUUCUGGAAUGAUUUUCAGAUAACUCUUAUGUGCUGAUCUAGAUACAAGCAUGCUUGGAAGUGAGCCCUGUUGAAAUUCUCCACAAAACUAGUCAAUACAAGCUAGGACAACUCCUGGUGGAUUGGAGCAGCUUCCUGAAUAGAGGAGCAGUGAUGAGAGUCAAUGCAGUCCGUACGUAAGCCUGCAUCUGUUUGCAACCUGGCGUAACGUGACCAGCUCCAACAUACCCAAGGCCUAAAGCAGAUGGCCCCAAGCAUGUUUUAGGAUCACCCUUUGCCGCUUGUUCUGAGGGCUGCAAAUGUGCUCUUUGGAGUUUGGUGCAUGAAUGCUAAUUAAAGAUGCCAACGCCAAACAAAGUAAGAUGAUGCUGGCACAGGUUUGGGUACCAUAAAAAGGUGGUGCGAUGGCAGCUCAUAGACGUAGCUUAUGAGGCACAAAGCUCUGGAAGUUCUAGGCAAUCCUCUGUGUGCUUCCAACUCACGUAAAUACGGUUUACGGAGACGUCAAUCUAGGGAUUGCAGCCAAGAUUAGUGUGCAAGGGGGCAAUACCGUAACUCUGUGAUGCCCACAUUUUUGUUGAAGGUGAACCACAUAAGUCAAGGGUUGGCAAUAUGGCGUCUGUGAGUGCCAAGACUCUCCAACAUUGUCAACAGGACUGUGGAAUUCAAAAGGCUGAAAUACUACUAGGCUGCCAAAUUUCACAAGAUUUUGGUGUUCCUGCCUGAAGUUUUGUGGGAUGUUGAGCAACUACCCUAAAGUCUUACAGGAUUUCAAGCAAGAAGACCAAUCUCGUGAGAUUUUGGGCAUUUUUAGGGGGGAAUUUUUUCCCCCCUUGUACUCGCACCGGAAUUGCAUGUAAGACCCUCACCUUCAGCUGUGCCUGGGCUACUAGCUGGGAACUGUUGUCUUGAACACGGUAAAAAUAUUUUACUGGCUGAGUAAGUAUUGCAGGUAUACUCAAUCUUCACUAAAGUUGUGAUAAAAAGAAUUCAACAUGUGUAAGCUGUGCUUUCCGAAAAAUGUUGCUGCUUAGUUCAGCAGAUGGAAUCUUAUAUAACAGGAAGAUAAGUUGAACUUUCUCGCCAAAGCGUGUAGAGUUGUGAAGUCCUUGCAAUACUUCAUUUUUAUUCAGACAGAAACCAGCGUGUACUCUAAACACAACCCUUGAUUUCGCCAUCUCCAUGAGAGCUCAAAUCUGAAUGGAGACCAACAUUUGUUUAUAUGUGUUCUGGUAAUGUGAUGGGCGUUUUUUAAAACAGAUAUGUGGUUUUCAUGGGAAGAAACUUUGAAAAUUGCAAGUGGAUCACAAAAGGAAUUGAGCUGUUGCUGUGCCUUUUUAAAAAUUAAUGCUUUAUGCCUUGAUGCUGCAUGUGUACAGUUAUAUAUGUACUGGGGGCCACGUAGAAGUUAGUGUUGUACAAAGACGUUCUGCCUUUCCCCUGAAAUCUGGCUUCAGUUUAAAUAGUUUUUGUUUGCAGUGCUGAAUCAACUUUUAAUGCUGAACACUAAAACCGUGUUUUUUUCAGCUGUUACUAAUGGAGGACGAUUGAUCUCUUGUGAAGCCAGUUUCCUAGAUAAAGCCAAGUUUUGUAUCUUUUGACUAUAUCUGAAGGUAUAGAUCCAAACUAAGAAAGUAUAUUGGGGAAAAAACCCACAACAUUUUAAAUUUCACCAAAUGGGCAGGAUAUUUAUUUGGCUUUCGUAUUGAAAGAUACUUGGUAAUCCAUAUGACAUAUUGUUAAAUGCUUCUUUUCACUUUUCUGGAGUAUCUUUUACAGAUAUACUGGCAAACUGCUGGCAGCUAUUGUUUUAAAAAAUAAAAUAUAUUUUUCACUUAA